GGACCCUGGGAUCGGGACCCGAACCGAAGGCAGAUGCUUAACCAACUGAGCCCCCCAGGCGCCCCAAUGUAUAUGUUUUGUAAAUAUCUUCUCUCAUCUGUAGCUUGCCUAUUGUACUUUCUUAAUGGUAUUUUUUUAGUGAACAGAAAUUUUAAUUUUAGAGAAAUCUAAUUUAUCCGUAUUCUUUUUUCUUUUAUGGUCAUUGCUUUCUUUGUCCAUAAGAAAUCUUUGCCUAUCCCCAGGUCAUGAAGAUAUACUAUGUUUUCUUCUAAAAGCUUAAUAUUGUUAUCUUUUCCAUUUCAAAUGAUGAUCCAGCUCAAAUUAUCAUGUGAGGUGGAGGCCGUGGUUCAUUUUUUCCCCAGUAUGAAUAAUCCAGUUGUUGCAGCACCAUUUGUUGAAAAGAUUUUUCCUUCCUCCCCUGGACUGCUUUGGUACCUUUGUCAAAAAUCAUUUGACUCUGUAAGUGUGGAUUAUUUAUGGAUUCUAUUCUGUUUUAUUGAUUUGUCUAUACUUAGGCCAAUAUCACACUGUCUUCAUUACUAUAUAUUUUUAGUAAGUCUUAUGUCAGGUAGUGUAAGUCUUCCACCUUCAGUGAUCUUUUUCUAGAUCAUUUUGAGUAUUCUAGAUCCUUUGUAUAUCAAUAUAUUUUAGAAUUAACUUGUCCUUUUCGGCGAUGGCCCUUGGUCCCGGCUGCGGCAGGGGUCGCAGGUUGUCUGGGGCAGGUUCUCUUUGGUGCACCCCCGUGGAGGAGGCGGCGCUCACGGCUGCAGCCCUGGGUGCUCUCACCUCCUUCUGUACGGCGACGAAGGCGCUGGCCGUGCGAGCUCAAGAGGCGGCGGCCCGUGCAGCCUGUGUGGGCGUGUAAGCAGAGGUGACCAGCGCCAGAUAGCGGAGGGGAAGCCGCAUGGCCGGCCUCCAACUGGGGCCGGAGCUACUCUGCCAGGGUUUAAAACUUUAAAUGAGAAUAAAGAGUAUUUACAAGGAAAUGAAAGUGAAUAAGUCAUCUCUAACUGCUUCCAGACUUUUUUCAUAAGAGAGACCAUAUUAAACUUACAUAUUUGAAGAAUGCAUAAUCCUGCCUCCAGCACCAGUGGUUUCUCUGUUUUGUGAUCAAUGUGACUCACAAGAACUUCUUUAGUAAUAAAUGAAAUGAUCCAGGGGCAUGGAAAAUAUGACUUUUACAUUGGUCUGGGAUUGGCUAUGAGCUCCAGCAUUUUCAUUGGCGGGAGUUUCAUUCUGAAAAAAAAAAAGGUCUUCUGCGACUUGCCAGGAAAGGCUCCAUGAGAGCAGGUCAAGGUGGCCAUGCACAUCUUAAAGAAUGGUUGUGGUGGGCUGGAUUGCUAUCAAUGGGAGCAGGUGAGGUAGCCAAUUUUGCUGCAUAUGCCUUUGCACCAGCCACCCUAGUGACUCCGUUAGGAGCUCUCAGCGUACUAGUAAGUGCCAUUCUUUCUUCAUACUUCCUAAAUGAAAGACUUAAUCUUCAUGGGAAAAUUGGAUGUUUGCUAAGUAUUCUAGGAUCUACAGUUAUGGUCAUUCAUGCUCCCAAAGAAGAGGAAAUUGAGACUUUAAAUGAAAUGUCCCACAAGCUGGGAGAUCCAGGUUUUGUGGUCUUUGCAACACUUGUGGUCACUGUGUCAUUGAUACUAAUCUUCGUGGUGGGACCUCACCACGGACAGACAAACAUUCUUGUGUACAUAACAAUCUGCUCUGUAAUUGGAGCAUUUUCCGUCUCCUGUGUUAAGGGCCUGGGCAUUGCUAUCAAAAAGCUGUUUGCUGGAAAGCCUGUGCUGCGACAUCCCCUGGCCUGGAUUCUGCCGCUGAGCCUUAUAGUCUGUGUGAGCACACAGAUUAAUUACCUGAACAGGGCCCUGGAUAUAUUCAAUACUUCCAUUGUGACUCCAAUAUAUUAUGUAUUCUUUACAACAUCAGUUUUAACUUGUUCAGCUAUUCUUUUUAAGGAGUGGCAAGAUAUGCCUGUUGAUGAUGUCAUUGGUACUUUGAGUGGCUUCUUUACAAUCAUUGUGGCAAUAUUCUUGUUGCACGCCUUUAAAGACGUCAGCUUUAGUCUAGCAAGUCUCCCUGUGUCUUUUCGAAAAGAUGAAAAAGCAAUGAACGGCAAUCUCUCUAACAUGUAUGAAGUUCUUAAUAAUAAUGAAGAAAACUUAACCUGUGGAAUUGAACAACACAGUGGUGAAAAUAUCUCCCGAAGAAAUGGAAAUCUCACAGCUUUUUCAGAAAAAUGUAAUUAAAAGGUUAAUCUAUAAAAAAAAAAAA